GCAGCGUUGUGAGAAUUGAGCGACGUUCUUACUUGUUUUUGACCCCAACAUUUAACUCCUUGUACCAGCACACAGGCAUUUUCCUGAUGAUGGAGUGAAAUGAUCCUGGCAUGCGGUGAUGAAAAUAGCAGAUGUUGAUGUUCUUCAUGUUGUUGUUGGGUCUUUUUUGAUUCACGUAAAUAUUUAGUCUCCUUCUUCUAAGUAACAAGAAGUCCUUGGUAGUUUUGAUGUAUAUUACUAGCUUAUAUCAUUCCGCCGAGCAGACUGGCGUCUCUGCGGGUGUCACGUCCCGUGAUCGACAUGGAGGAGGAGCGACCAUCAACUUCUGAGCAUGAUGAACCUCCCGGUGGAGCAGGACAGAGCAAGCAGAACAAGUAGCCCCCGCCCCAACAUCACAGAUGAGUACUUAGUUCUGUCGCAAGCUAGUCGCAACUUGUCUUACUUCUGAAAAGGCCAACGUAGAACAGCAGUAUCCGCCAUGUAUAGAAGGAACGAAGGACAUUACAGAGGAUGGGUAAGUACAUUAGAAAAGUAGACUGAAUAAAGAAGGAAAAGGAAGAAAGCAAGAUGAAAAGGAACAGUCGGUCUAUUUAGGCUGCCAGAUACGUUACUCACGUCGUUAAGCAGUCGGCCCUUUGUAGCUGCCGUGUCUCUAAUCGGGUCACAACGGAGCCAGGCCGUUACUCGUAGCUGCUACGUGGUUCGAAUCAAUGAAUGAAUGAGUGAAUUAUUGCUAUGCAACUUCAUAUUUUCCUAGUCCUGGAUUUUUGAACUUUUUUAUGACAAGAUGUAUGCCUAUACUCCAGUUGUGGUCCCCUUAUAAAGAUAGUUGAAGUUCUAGUUCUGUAAUGUUGGUAAAACAUGUAUAUUAUAAGAUGCUAGUACUACCCCUUUAUUGUUUAAUAUGAUCUUUGUAAAACCAGAAGUAAUAUUUCUCGGUUCGAUAGCUCUGGCCAUUCAUAUUUUUAGCAGAAUCCGCGACCACCUUAUUUCGCAGAAUCCGCGACCACCUUAUUUCUCUACGUCUAUCCUUCGCUCUUAAGUCGAUUUUGGUUCAUGAUCAUAAAUAUGAGGACAGUUUGCACAAUAAACCUAGUUUAUCCGCGUUGGGCUACUCGUAGAAAUGAAAGGUAGAGAAACAGUAACAGAAUGACGAUCGAGGAGGAUAGCAUUCUUGUCCGUCGUGAACGUGACCCACCGGUGGGCACCGGGAGAAGCAAGCAUGUUGCUGGCGAAGAGCAUAGCAGCCUUCAAGUAAAUCAACAACAUGCUCGCAGCAACAUAAAUAUCGUUGGUGUUGGUGGCGCGCGCGCGGCACUCAACACAUCGACUCUACUUGGCACUUCUGCGGACUCGCUAUUAUCAUCUGGAGCUAGUUCAUCGUAUGAACUUCACGAACAAGAUGUUGGUCUCGGAAACGCUAAUGGGGAAGGAGUCCACCAGACCGUGGAUGACGAGAACAGAGCAGGGAUUAUUAGGAGUUUGAAUGAUCAUACCUUGAAUGAGGAGGAGGAUGACGCAGUCGCAGAACAAGACUUUAAAAACUUGAACAACAUUCCUGCCGCUUCUUUAAAAAUAGAACGAUUUUUGAGCAGCAAGAGCAAUGCUUUUGAUCCUUCUAGUAGUUCAUCGUCUUGCUCUUUUAGCGCCACAGAAGAUGAAGAUCGAAAUCUUGACGGAGAAUUUCAACUUGGCCUUGGCGGAAAUGACUUGCUUGAAGAUGAACUUCAUGCGGAUCGACGUAUUAUUGAAAACCUAAGCGAGGAAGGAGGUGGAGUCAAGGAUUAUAUGGUAGAGCCCACAAGCACAAACGACCCAGUGAAGGUGAACAACGACAUUAACAACUACAAGGAUUUGUUCCUUGGAAGGAACAGAAAUACGGAUGUAGCCGACCAGGCCAUGAGCAGACUGAGAUCGAUGAGCAAAACAAGUACCGGUUCCGUCGCGCAUUUUUCUAGGCAAGUGUCAGAAGACAGCUCGACAGGUCCACGUGCCUCAUCCUUAGAGGCGCCAACGGUGGAAAUGUGCUGCAUUUGCCUGGACGGACCACCAGACCCACGUCAUAUUUUACCCUGUGGCCAUGCCAACAUGUGUGGAGGCUGUGUCACACAUUUGUUGAGUAAGGUGUACGGGCGUUGUCCCUAUUGCCGCGUUGCGUUUCGACGCAGGACUCCAGAGGAACUGGCAAGUGGGCAAGUUUUCUUCACACAAUCAAGUCUCCGUUACAGUAGCCACCAUGCGAAACGACAACGCGGUGGUGGCGGCGGCCAACAGAAUAUUGGGAGGAGAACGAUUUCACGUGGAAGUUGGGAAGUAGGUAAGGCAACUCAAAAUCUGGGAGUGAAUGAUAGAAGUUUUUCGCUUGAUCCUGGGGCUUUCACUUCGCCUCCUUCACGCAGUGCUGGACCCCGUGCGCCUUUAGAUGCAGAACAAGACCCAUUUACCUCUAGUUUGCCUCUGCAACGAGGCCAUAUACGAGGACGAGACCACAACUUCGAAGAAUAUCUUGGUGGCGAUAUCUCUAGACGAGAGCAUCAAGAUGAUGGAUCAUCCAGUCCUUUCCGAGUAAGUAGUGUCAGAAGACGACUAAAUAUAGACGAUUGUGCUGUUCGUGGUACAGCUGCAAGUGGUGCUAGAGAAGACCAAAGCUGCCAGACCUGUGCACCUACUUCAUCCUCACUGCAAGUACAAAAUACAACUCCUCCAGCCCCACCCGAUCUUGGGCUCUCAAUAGCUGCAUCUGCACAAGAGAGGGUGAAAUCGAGGAGCGCGGAAUCUAUUGCCGGAGGAGAACAAGAUGAUAUCGAGGAUCUUCUUGCAAGUCCUCUCGCAGUUUUAGCUAGAGCAGAUGAAGAUGCAGGCAUUUCUUCCCUAGUGAGGUCCAGGAGCAGCGUUAGUCAGCCGCUUGACACAACUGUGGUGGAAGAGCGAAGUCCAUCUGGUUCUACCAUUGCAUCUCGAAGCUUUCCAGUACAACAAAUGCCUAGGAGGACUAAUAAUGUCAAUGUUGUUAAUAUUUCCGGUAGCACAGGUCUUAGUGACGAACAGCAUGGGGAGAAUGUAGUUGUUGAUCAUUUUUUAGGAGGCGAUGAAGCUGGUGCAACGGGAGGAUCUUCUACUGCGAUGCUUUCUCCGAUGCCUCCGCCUACUGCUUCUAUCUCGACCCUCCUCUCUCCAGAGCACGCAGGAAUAAGCGAUCUUCGCUUCAGUUACUUUAGUCCCAUGUCGAGCAGAGCUACGAGCAACACGAUGCUUCACGAUGCCAACCAGGAUGAUCGGAGUGGGCGAGAAGAGGAGGAAUCCAUCGAUGCACCAUCAGCACUGGUAGUGGUACCACCACCACAGCUGCACUCUUCAGUUUCUGAUGUCGAUGAUCACGAUGGUCCUUCCUCACCCAGCGUCCUUCAGCGAGAGCGUAGCGCCACAGGUAGUUCUUGUAAUACGGACAACUCGAUCGGCAAUCCAGCAAAUCUGACGACUAGGGUGUUUCGAAGAAGAUUGCCCAAAGGGGCACAACCCUUGUACACAGCCAUUGGACCGGAUGAAUUGGCCAAGCUAGACGCUCAGACCAGCAUAGCUGAAUUAGGCAUUUUAAGGGCGUCGGAUUUGGACAUGUACCGCGAGUUGCGCAGGACAUUCGUGAGAUAUAGAGAGUUUCAAGACAACGUCAGUUCCAGGACGAUCCAGAGUUGUGGACGUACCAGGGUGAGUAAUAGUAACGCAAGUAGAAGUGACAGAACGGGAGUAGGACAAAGAGGACAUGCCCCCGAGGAUCAUCAGCGCGACGCCUUUCUUUCUGCACCAGAAGGAAGAAGUGCGCCUCGGGAUGCAAUUGCUAGUGAAAAUGUGGCUGCAACUGCUAGUGAAAAUGUGGCUACAAUUAAGGCUUCCCCUAAUCCAUCCCUGUAGACGGCCCUCAAACAUAUGCGUCCCGCUACAAGGGCGAUACUGACGCAUAUGCCUGAGGGAUUUCCACAGGGAUGAAUAGGGGAGAGCUCUAAUACACCUGCUAGCAGUUCUUCCUCUGGAGGAGGUCCUAGCUCGCCAGUUCCCCUGCCCCCGCAACCUGAUGAAGAGCCAAUCCAGAGACAGACGACAGAUACGACGUUAGGCUUUCUUGUCACUCGUCUGUUUGGUAGAGGUGCUGAUACGUCGCAAACCUUAUCUGAGGCAGCUGCAGCUUCAUCUUGUUCUUCUUCUGGUGCGCGUGCGGUUGAUCCUGAUCCUAGAGGACAACUAGUACACAAUAGAGAAGAUUUGUCAGUUGCAGAGGCGCAUCUCAUUUCUCAGAUGAAUGUUUCUGGUCCAGAACAGCACAUGAAGAACCCUAAUAAAGUAGAACAACAGGAAGUUCUUGAAGAUCUGCUUGCAGAGCAACAGUCGAUUUUAGACCUCUUUGCCGAAAAUCAGAGGAGAGGCAUCAUUCCUGCACCUAGUAGGAGCAGGCGUGAGCGCCAAAGGUCAGCAGAUGGUGCAGAUGGCGGUGCAGCAGGUACAGCGAGGACUUCUAGGAGUCCAAAAAGUACAUCGCCAACGGCAUCCAGCUCGCUGCAGAUGUCCUCAUCAACCAACGUGGCGUGCCAAGACGUUCGACAAAUCGAUGAAACAACUUCACCUAGACUCAAGAUCACUGGCACUAUGCUGCUGGAUCGCAGCCACGUACUGUGUCCGUGUGGUGAAAAAAUGGACGUUGUGUUAGCCAGAGGAGCCUAUGAGAAUAGCAAUGCAGCGUACUAAAUUUUCUAAUACGUAGUUCUGUCAAAUAACUCAAACUAACAUGUUCACUUUAACUUCUCGCUAGUCCUAUUUACUUCCCUAUCACAUUGAUUGAAGUAUCAUCAUUAGUUCUUUGUCGGAGAAGACAAAAAAGGUAGAUAAUCGGCUUGUGUGUUUCACAUGCUAGAAGAAUUCAAUUUUCGUCAAAAAAAUUUCCAGGUGCCCAGUCGAAUGUGACUUAUGUAGUCAUGCUAUUCGAGGUCGUGUUUGGCUCUAUCAUUGCCCAAGCCAGAGGUCUAGGGUGCAUCCUUUCGGUUUCGACUUGUGCUGCCGUUGCGCUACUGGCCAUGACGAACCUCCAGACAGCCUAAAGACACGGGGAAUGCUGAACAGCUUGGGACAGCAACUGGCCGCAGAAGGAAAUGCGCAAAUUCGAAGAGAGGCAGAACAACUAACUGUUGCAGAGGGCACCACAACGACAACUGGCGGUGCUCUUAGUGCUACUGAGUCUUCAUCGUCUUCGUCAUCUUUGCGUGCUGGAGAUCAUCUUAGAAACCAUGACGUGUCCACCUCCUCUACAACCUUGCUGCAAGGUAACCCUAAUCCGAAUCCACAUAAUUCAAAUCCUGUUGUUGAACAGCUUCCUCCAGGAGCAGUCACAUCGAAUACUAGUACUACAUCUCAUCUUAGAGCAGUCACAUCAACAUCAAAUACUAGUUUUGGUCCAUCUCUUUCUCUUUUUAGCACUCCUACUACUAAUUCGAGUACUCCAUCUGCAUCUCUUAGCACUCCUUCUCCUUCUUUUAGACACUUGAGAAGUACUUCUACACCAGCUACAACUGCAGCCCCAAGAACCCACAACACUCAUGAGUUGCCGAUAAUUCCGGCUGCUGUACAUAGCCUGUUGCGGACAGUGAGGAGUCAAAUAUCUAAUAUGCGAUUUACUUCUAAAGAGUAAUUUUUGUAACUACACAUUUGAAUUUGUUAAAAAUGUAUCUAAUAUGCGUGAUGUACGAGGAGGAGUACGACUACGACUGCGACAGAACAAGUACAAGAACACUAGCAUAUUAUUUUGAUGCUCGAAGAGAACUACGAUUUUUCCUCUCCUAGUAUCAGCGACGAUAUUGAAGUUUGAAAUUGAAUCCACCGUGGUGAAGAACUAAUAUUCACAUGCAUUCAUAAACAUCUCGGUCGUGCUGAUUCUGCCCUACACCACUAGGGUUUAUUUCUCCCAUUGACUUUGGUUACAACAUGCUUAAGUAGAGUCAGAAGUGCUGUUAUAGUCCCAGUUCUUUUUUGGUUAAUUUCCCAUUAUUCCCAGUUGUAGUCUAGUACUAGUGGUUCUUGUUCUAGUACAUCUACUAGUUGAAAAAGGAGGAAGACCGCUUAGGUUGGUAUUCUCUUGAAUUCUUCGACAUGACUUUGACUACUAUUGAAUAAGAAUAUGUUCAACAACAUGAAGAUGUAAGAAGUAUUACUGAGGCUGUAAAACUGGAGUUCAAGUAGAAUGAAUGAAGUAUAUAUUUAUAAGAAGCACACAAAUCAUUAGUAUCAUCGAUGAGCUCCAUCGAUGAUAGGGGCGGUGAAGCAUCCAUCAACCUAUCAAUCAAAAAAUACGUUUGAUGUGCAGACAACUCUCUGCUGUAGUCGGUCAGCUGGGUCCUGAUUUGUUAGACGACAGGCAGAAGUUUGCCUCUGCAAAACUAUUCUUUGGAAGUGAUAGGGAAAAAAUUAGGAAAUGACUCCACCAUAUUGCAACACCCCGUUUCUUCAACGCCAACAUAACGGCCGGCAUCAUUGCCGAGCCCAGCAAUCUUGAUGAGAAUCACAAUUACAUCUAUCAACAUAAUCAACAUAACCACCAUCUUGACUCUUUGUUUUGUUCAAUAUUUUUACCAAUACUAUAAUGGUCCUACUCUUCGUUCUACAAGGUCAAGAUUACUGAUAAGGAGUAACAUGUAUUAUCGGUACAAGGUAGGUCGAUAACAAGAUAAUGAGACUAAGCAGUAUCGUGUAUGGGAAAGAUGUUAUUGUUAGUGAGUUGAACAAGUAGUUCUAGUACUAGUUUAACGAAUCAGUAAAUGAAGCUUUUGUCCUCUACAUUACCGGAGCGUUGCACUUUUUCGUCAACAUCAUCGAAGGGAAAAGAGUUUGACGGUUGUACAGAUACUGCAGUACAUCUAGAUCAUUGUGAAUAGUGUGAUCCUGAUCUCGUAUUAGAAAAAUAAUCUCAAGAUAGUUUUUUACUAAAAAACUCUAUUGCAGCAACGCUAAAGUCGCAUUGAUGUCUACUCCGCCACACAGGAUUAUUAUUCGCUUUUGUCCACCAUAAAAAGAAUACUUGUUACCUAGGCACAUCUUUCUCUACCUUUUAUACCACGUGUGUUUGGAGGGUUAAUAAGAGUGUCACAUAUUUGCAAGUGCACGACACUGACAAGGUGCCGGGGGUGCUCGAUGUGCAGGAUCCACAACCUGACCUAGCAUGACAACUACAUUCUACUUUAUUACGACCCACCCAAGUAGAACUAGAACUUAAGCUUGAACUUCUAGAACGCUCAUCAUCAUGCACAGAGACAGAGGUGUUUGAAUGCUUAUAGGAAUGGAGAGUCUCAUGUUAUUUUUAAGAGCGCAGUGCCAAUGUUGAAUGAGCCUCGAAGAACCAUCCGCAUGUUGUCCAGUCGUGUUUUUCACUUAUCCCAAGACAAAACGGUAGAUGCC